GUUGGUGUGACAAGGUAAAUUUUCAUAUAUAGAAUGAAUGACUGUUGCGGACGAUAUUGUAGAAGUUCCCGCUCAAAAAUAUUAUCACUGCAGUAACAGGUACAAACAAAAUAAGGACAAUGGAUAUUGAUAGUGUUAGUGUAACUUGUAUAACAAUUGUAGAAUGGAUAAAUUCUCAAGGUACAACCACAAAAAAAGUUACUUAUCGAUCUGCUACAUCAAGACUUGUGAGAGAUAGUAUUCGUCAAGUUUUGAUUGAAAUAAAACCUGAAAAAUCAGCUGGUGCUACAAUUAAAUUACACCUACAUGACUACAUAGUGUUUAAUAGAUUUAUGGCUGAAGGCAAGGCUUCAAUAAAAUUCAAAGCAGAAAAUUGUACUGUGUUUUUCUCUAAUGCACCUGCUUCUCAACUUAUGAAUUUUUUGAAGACAAUGUUUAUAAAGUUGUCGAAUAAAGACAAUAAUAAGCCUUUUAAGAAUCCUUUACGUGAAAAAAUAAUGAGUAACAAAGGAAAUUGUGUUGAAGAUAUCAGUCCUGCAACAACUGCAGAAGUUCUUAGAGCUAAACAGAAAGUUGCAGUAUCACGUGCUACUGUUACUACUCCUUCACCUACAAACAUUCGUAAAAGAAAGCUUGAUAAUGACACUGGUAAUACUUCAAUUACUCCAAAAAUUCCAAGAGCAAAAAAAUUAUUCACUCAUCAUGCAACUGGAGAAAUAACACCAGAACAACAAAACGUUUUAGAUUAUGUAUUGAAAGGAUACAGCAUAUUUUUUACUGGUAGUGCUGGCACUGGAAAGUCUUACCUUUUGAAAAAAAUUAUUUCUGCUUUGCCUCCAGAUGUAACAAUGGCCACAGCAAGUACUGGAGUAGCUGCUUGUCAUAUAGGAGGUAUAACGUUGCAUCAGUUUGCAGGUAUUGGUUUAGGAACUGGAACGAUGGAGAGAUGUAAGCAAAUGGUAUCAAAGUCUGCAGCUGGUACAAUAUGGAGAAAAAUCAAACAUUUGAUUAUUGAUGAGAUCUCAAUGGUAGAUGGAGACUUUUUUGACAAAAUAGAGGCCAUUGCUAGAUUUAUAAGGAAUAGUGACAAACCAUUUGGUGGGAUUCAACUAAUAUUGUGUGGAGAUUUCUUCCAACUACCACCUGUUGCUAAGAAAGAUGAAAAAGUAAAAUUUUGCUUUCAGAGUGAUACUUGGUCAAAAUGUAUUAAUAUGAACUUUGAACUUAAAACUGUUUAUAGGCAAAAGGAUUUAAAGUUUGUUAACAUUCUCAAUAAAUUAAGAAUAGGACAAGCAACAGAUGAAAUUACAGAAAUAUUAAGAAACACAGCAAAACAGAAGAUUGAAAGUGAAGGUAUUCUGGCAACUAGAUUGUGUUCCCAUGUAAAUGAAGCUAAUGAAAUUAAUGAAUCUCAGUUGGAAAAGCUACCUGGAGCUUUAAAAGUAUACAAUGCUCAAGAUUCAGAUCAAUCCAUGACAAAGUCAUUAGAUCAACAGUUACCUGUACCUGGUAAACUUGUACUCAAAGUAGGAGCACAAGUGAUGUUACUAAAAAAUCUAAACAUUAAUGCUGGACUUGUAAAUGGAGCCAGAGGUGUUGUAAUUAAAUUUGAAGAAGAUUUGCCAGUUAUUCAUUUUCGAACUGCAGGUAAUUACAAAGCCAAGAUGGAAAAGUGGAGUAUUAAAACGGCUCAAGGAGCAAUUAUUUAUAGGAAACAAUUGCCUCUGAAGCUUGCUUGGGCUUUUUCUAUUCACAAAAGUCAAGGUCUAACGUUGGAUUGUGUUGAAAUGAGCCUUGCUAGGGUAUUUGAUGCUGGACAAGCUUAUGUAGCAUUAUCUAGAGCUCAAAGCUUACAAACUCUUAGAGUUUUAGACUUUGAUUCUAAUCAAGUUUGGGCUAACAAGCACGUUUUAGACUUCUACAAGCGUUUUAGAAGACAGUUAGAGCAAAUGGAAAUAAUUCCUUUAGGAAAGAAACCGAAGUUUGGAAGACUUUUAUAAAAAUUAUUACAGCAAAUGGUAUAUAUAUUUGAACAAAAUAACGAACCAUUAAUAAUUUUAGUAGAGUAUUUUAUAACGAAAAAAUAAAAUUUAUUAGUCAAUUGAAUUUUAAUAGAAAAACAAGUAACAUAAAUAAUUUUAUUUAUACAACCUGUCUUGUGUUAAAGUUAUCUGUUGAGAGAUAUUCAUUGAUUCAACAAAAAACGUGCAUUAUUAGCUUAUAAAAUCGUACGAUCACCUAAUAGCUAUGAAAGAAGUCUAAUAAAUUUUAUCUUUUUAACAAGAUAUGAAUUCUGUAUGGAAAACAUUUAUAUUUUUAACAUUACAUAAAAAAUUGUUGGAAGAAGUUUAUAUAAGUGUAGAUACGAAAUAUUUUAAUAUAGUUUUCUGUACUCUGAAUCAUAUUUUACUUGAACUAUAACGACCGAUAAAGUAAAUGAUGUUAAAUAAAAUUGUGUCAAUGAAAAUC